AUGCCAUCGCAAUCGCAAUGUGCUCAUUUCAUGGGCCAAUCAUUGCCCCAAACAAGUGCUGAUUUCUGGCGCAUGAUUCUGUUCGAGCAUGUGUCCCAUAUUAUAAUGUUGUGCGACACGAUUGAGCAGGGCAAAAUGAAGUGCGAACAGUAUUGGCCCAAUGAGCAAGACGAAAAGAUGGAAAUCGGAGGUACGGACCACUAA